CCGAGAGGGCUCGGACGGGGCCUGGGGGUCGCAGCGGGGCCCCCCCCGGGCCGGGGCGAUGCCCCCCCGGAGCAGCGCGGACUGAGGCGGGCGGGCCGUGCAUGGCCCAGCCAUGGAGGUGGUGGACGAGACGGAGGCGCUGCAGCGCUUCUUCGAAGGCCACGACAUUAAUGGAGCUCUGGAACCAUCCAACAUUGACACCAGCAUCCUGGAGGAAUACAUCAGCAAGGAGGACUCUCCAGAGAUCUGCUUCCCUGACGUUCCUGCUCCAUCCAGCUACACGCACUCCCAGCCCUCUAGCUCCGCCAGCAUUGCUCCCUCCAGCUCCAUCACCAGCGCUCCCAACCCCUCUUCCAGUGCUCCCCUCCACCUUCCCCCCACCAGCAGCCAGCUCCCGAUCCGGCACGGUCCUCUCCUGGCUAAUCCGUGCGGAUCCGGCUACGGAGCUCACCUCAACUGCAACAACAACAAUGGGAUGGUGGUGCCCAAGGGCUUCCUGGGCGGGCAUUGCCUGAGCAGUGUGGGCCCUCCGAUCAAAACGGAGCCCAAGGCUCCCUACGCGCCUGGCACUCUGCCGGACUCUCCCCCGGAUUCCGGAUCCGAAGCCUAUUCCCCUCAGCAGGUGAAUGAUCCUCACCUCCUCCGGACCAUGACUCCUGAAAACAUGUGCCACAUGACUCCUCCUUCCCACCUGGAGCAUCCUCCUCCUCCUCCUCCUCCCCCUCCCCCUCCUCCUCCCCACCUCCAGGGUCCACCCCCGCCACCCCCUCACCCCCUCCAGCCACAGCACAGUUCCCACUUUCCCGGCCUCCAGCGGGACAUGUUCCUGAAGGCCGAGCCCCUGAUGCCUCCGUACGGGAUCGGGCCAGGAAUGGUGCCAGCUGAGCUCCACCACGCCCAGCAAUCCCAGAUGCUGCACCAGCUCCUCCAGCAGCACGGAGCAGAGCUCCCGGUGCAUCCUGCCAAGAAGCGAAAACACUCCGAGUCCCCCUCCAACACCCUCAAUGCCCAGAUGCUCAAUGGGAUGAUCAAGCAGGAGCCAGGAAUGGGAUCGGUGCCGCUCAAUCCCGACCGAGUCCAGACUCCUCCCUGGCACCAGCCGGGCGCUCUCUCACCAGGGCUGAUCCAGGAUAAUGACAGUUUGAAUGGAUCCUACCUGGAUCCCAACUUCCAGUCCAUCAAGUGGCAGCCACACCAGCAGAACAAGUGGGCAACUCUCUAUGAUGCCAACUACAAGGAGCUCCCGAUGCUCACAUACCGCGUGGACGCUGACAAGGGAUUCAACUUCUCCGUGGGGGAUGACGCCUUCGUGUGCCAGAAGAAGAACCACUUCCAGGUCACGGUGUACAUUGGAAUGCUGGGAGAUCCCAAGUAUGUGAAGACCCCCGAGGGCCUGAAACCCCUCGAGUGCUUCUAUCUGAAGCUGCAUGGAGUGAAGCUCGAGGCCCUGAACCAAUCCAUCAAUAUCGAGCAGUCGCAGUCGGAUCGCAGCAAACGGCCCUUCAACCCCGUCACGGUCAACUUGCCCCCAGAGCAGGUCACCAAGGUCACCGUGGGGCGGCUACACUUCAGUGAGACCACAGCCAACAACAUGCGGAAAAAGGGCAAACCCAACCCAGACCAGAGGUACUUCAUGCUGGUGGUGGCCCUGCAGGCACAUGCCCAGAACCAGAACUACACACUCGCUGCCCACAUUUCUGAGCGGAUCAUCGUCCGGGCUUCCAACCCGGGCCAGUUUGAGAGCGACAGUGACGUGCUGUGGCAGCGGGCGCAGCUCCCGGACACCGUGUUCCACCACGGCCGUGUCGGGAUCAACACGGACCGCCCCGAUGAGGCCCUGGUGGUCCAUGGGAACGUGAAGAUCAUGGGCUCCCUCAUGCACCCGUCGGACGUCCGGGUGAAGGAGGACAUCCAGGAGGUGGACACCACAGAGCAGCUGAAGCGGAUCUCCCGGAUGCGACUGGUGCACUACAACUACAAGCCGGAGUUUGCGGCCACGGUGGGGAUGGACAACACCUCUGAGACAGGUGUCAUCGCUCAGGAAGUUAAGGAAAUCCUCCCGGAAGCUGUGAAGGAUACCGGAGACCUGGUCUUUUCUAAUGGGAAAACCCUGGAGAACUUCUUGGUGGUGAACAAGGAGCGGAUCUUCAUGGAGAACGUGGGGGCUGUGAAGGAGCUGUGCAAGCUGACGGACAACCUAGAGACCCGGAUCGAUGAGCUGGAAAGGUGGAGCCACAAGCUGGCCAAGCUCAAGAGACUGGACAGCAUGAAGUCCACUGUGAGCUCCGGAGCCUUCAGCCAAACAGGGAGCCAGUUCAGCCGAGCGGGAAGUGUUCCCCACAAAAAGAGACCCCACAAAGUGGCCACCAAGUCUCCGUCGGUUGUCCCAGAACAGGCCUGCAUCAGCCAGCGCUUCCUGCAGGGCACCAUCAUUGCCCUGGUCAUCAUCAUGGCAUUCAGUGUCGUGUCCAUGUCCACACUGUAUGUGCUGAGCCUGCGCAGUGAGGAGGAUCUUGUGGAUAUCGAUGGCUCCUUUGCUGUGCCCACUGCCUGUCUCCUGGCCCUCUUCCGGCACGGGGGUCCCAGAAUUCCGAUCGCUCUGUGUCCACGGUCAAGCCAGAGCAUUGACAAGACACAGACGGUGCGAUCCACGGCCAUGUCCGAUGGAGCCGGCAGCAGGAGUCCCCCGGAGCACGUCCCAGAGGACACCCCUGGAGUAUCCCUUGGCUCUCCUGGUCGCAGUGUCCUGGCCUGUUUCAGCCCUCCAUGUUUUUCCAUGUGCUGCUCCACUGUUCCCACCGGCAUCUCCUCUGUUGUCCCCUUGGAGACCAACCCCACUCACGGCACCAAUAGGACAGACCAAAGCCAGACCUCCCUCCUUCCAGCAACAAACAUCAAAGCCAAAUCCAGGGGCAUCACCGGGAAAUCCUCCUCCUACUCCAAGUGGCCAAAGACUCCUGACAGGUCUCAGAGCUUCGGCAGUCCCAAUGCCAGCCCCUCCUCCCCCUUCUCCCACAUCCAGGGCAAAUCCAAGUACAUCUCCAACCUCUCGCUCUCCCGCAGCAACUCCCGGCAGCAGCGCAGCCUCUGGCAGCCGGUGAGCAAGUGGGUUCGCAUGGAGCAUCCCGGUACGGAUGGGCCAAGCCCAGUGCUGGAAUCCAUCCGGAUCCUGGAGAUCAACCUAGCCAUCCAUUCCCAGUACUGUGCCACUUCCGACGCCUGCAGGAGUGGAAACUUCAGCUUCCGCAUCCCUGUGAACCAGCGGACGGCCGUGGACACCAACCUGACCCUGGAGAUGAACUCCUCCUCCGCUGUGUCCAUCUCCCUUUGUGGCCUUGUUUCCAGUGAUCCCUGCCAAGAUGCUGUGAGCAGGAACAGCUCCAUGGAUACUGUGGAUGCACAGGACACCACGCACCGCUGGCCUCUGGUGAUGAUGUCUUUCCAGGAGUUUUCCUACCACUUCCGAGUUGCACAGCCGGGCCAAGCCGACUGCGGCACUUCCCCGGAGCAGCUGGGCCAGCUCUUCACUGACUAUUACUUCCAGUUUUACUGGCUCUGUGAGUGAUUCCCAGGAGCACCAGUGCCCUCUGCUUGGAGACAGGAGGGGGACUGGUGCCACUGGGGAGCCUCCUGCAUUCCCCAGCCCCACCUCAUCCCCGUGUCCUGCGGCAGCUCCGGAGCUGGAAUGCUGGUGGCUGGUGACCUGGAGCACGCACAGGACCUAAAACCCAUCACCUGCCCCGUGGUGGCUCCAGGGGUGACCUUGCGCCCAUUCUCACCAUCCCAUGUCCCUCUCCUUUCCCUCAUGGAGACCUGUGUGUCCUCCAUCGCUUCUCCCUCCCCUUCCAACACUGGAUUUGGAAGCAUCACACUGGACUGAAGGCCACAUCCCAAAGGGGUGCUCCUUCCAUGGAUCUCCCGGUGCUCCCAGAUGUCCCACUUCAGUUCUUCACAACACUGGAAUUGCUUCAACACUGGAGCCUUUUCCAAGGGGUUUGGCCUUUGGAAAGGAGGGCUGUGCCUGGACAUACUGGAAGUCGUACACUGGAGUUGCUGUUCCUUCUAGUUGGCCCAGGGCCACUUCCCACAGACCCCCUGGAGGCCCCCAGACUUGCCAAUGGACACAUUCCCCUGGGAACAACCCAAGAAAGAGCAGCUUCCGCAUCAUUUCCCCCCUUCCCUUGUGCUCUUAAAUCCCACCAGAUCCAGGUCUGGAUGGAUAAAACUCCCACUAAAGCCGCUGCUGAGGCCACACCACACGUGGGAACACUUGGCAUCAACCCAGGGGUGACAAAUAACCGGGAUUCUCCCAUACUGAGUGUUGUGGGAUCUGUUUUUAUCCAUUUGAAAGCAGCAUGUGAAGCUGCCUGGUCGGCCCUCAAGCCAACACCAACCCCUGCCCAAAUGUGCAGGACAGAGACUGCUGGAAAAUCCUGGAGUGCCCUGCAGAGCAAGGCUGAGUCCCUGGGAACAUGAGGAUCUGUGCCAGGGUAGGAUCUCUGCCUUGGGAGAGGGUGGUGGUCUCCCAAAAAAUGGGAACGGCAGCGGCUCCAAGCUGUCCCUGCCCUCCCAGAGCACUUGUGUUGGGGGUAUUUUGGAAUAUGUUACUGUUACAAGUCCUUAACUUGCUAAACUACUGAGUUCUUUGGGAUUUUAAGCCGU